AUGUCCUACUCACAAGGGAGCAUCGGGUCGGCGAAUGCCAUGUCUUUCUCUCAAUCCCAACUGGGCUCAUUCAACGCUUCGCAAUCAGUGGCCUCCACACCGCGCGCUACUCCUCCCCCGAAGAGCUCUCAGCAGUCGGCGAUGUCUUUCAAUUAUACCAACGGAUUCCCGAACGGCACGAGGGCGAGUUUCAAUGGAUUUGAGGAUAUGAAUGGCUACGGAACAAUGAUGUAUCACGAGGAAUUCAAGCCUCAGAUCUACAGGGCCGUUUAUUCCAACGUUUCGGUGUAUGAGAUGGAAGUGAACGGAGUCGCAGUGAUGAAGCGACGCUCUGAUGCUUGGCUAAAUGCUACUCAGAUCCUCAAAGUUGCCGGUGUGGUCAAGGCGCGGAGAACAAAGACUUUGGAGAAGGAAAUUGCGGCGGGUGAACAUGAGAAGGUCCAAGGAGGCUAUGGUAAAUAUCAGGGAACAUGGGUGAAUUACCAAAGAGGGGUGGAGCUGUGCCGCGAAUACCAUGUCGAAGAGUUGUUGCGGCCUCUGUUGGAAUACGACAUGAAUCCUAAUGGUACGGCUGCUUCGGGUCAGGACUCUUUGGAUACUCCGACAAAGGAGCAGGCAAUGGCGGCACAGAGGAAAAGGCUUUACAGUGGGAUGGAAAACCGGAGUGUGUCUCAGCCUCAGCAGGGGACUUUCUUUCAGAACAUUUCCCGCACCGCCGCUACCGCAGUCAAUGCCAUGAGCAAGGCUCGCUUUGAGUCGCCUGCGGCGAAAGGCGGCGACAGCAGACGGUCGAGCGUUAUACGGAAACCGCCGCAGCAGACGGGCAGUCAAGACGCCCUACCUACUUUUGGUAGCCAACAGAGCAUGUACAGUGCCGCCUCUGAUAGCGGCUUCGCGAGUAAUAUUCCAACUAAUGGUCGAUACGCACCACAAGAUGCUAUGAGCUUCGAGCAGGAGGAGUCCAUGGAGCCACCCCGCAAGCGCGUUCGUUCCUCACAGGCAUUCAGUCUUCCCGUUGAUGCGUCCAUGACACUCAAUGAACCCACACCCACGGAGCCAAAUGACUCUUUCUACCAGGACAUGGAGCCAUUACAUCCUAUCGUUGAGGAAGGCAGACAUGGUCUUGAUCCUCUUCCUCCAGCCACAACGCCCGAAAGGUUCCAGAAGAUGAAGCUUAUCAUGACACUGUUCUUAGAUAAAAUGACCAAGGAUUUCUCGACACAUCCGGCGUUAAUUCAGCUAUCAGGCGAAGACUUGGAAGUCCCACUUGAUGAAUAUCGAAACAAUGCUUUACAUUGGGCGGCUAUGCUUGCUCGUAUGCCACUUGUAUAUGCGCUAGUCAGAAAGGGCGUCAGUAUCUCCCGACUGAAUGGGGCGGGUGAGACAGCCCUGCAGAAAGCUGUCGGCACACGGAACAAUCUUGACUACAGAAGCUUUCCGCGUUUGUUGCAGGUCUUGGCUCCGACAAUUGACAUGGUCGACCGAAGUGGGAGAACAAUUUUGCAUCAUAUCGCAGUCAUGGCGGCUACCGGUCACGGUGGUCAUGUGUCCGCAAAGCAUUACCUUGAGGCUCUACUUGAGUUUAUAGUUCGUCAUGGCGGCACAACACUGAGUCGACAGACGCCCAAUGGUACCACAAGUCAACCUGGAACCCCGCUCCCUAAUGAGGUUAUCACUCUCGGCCGGUUUAUCUCAGAUAUUGUCAAUCUCCGGGAUGACCAAGGUGAUACCGCACUCAACCUGGCGGGGCGUGCACGCUCCGUUCUCGUUCCGCAGCUGUUAGAGGUGGGCGCAGACCCUCACAUUCCUAAUCAUACCGGUCUUCGACCGGCGGAUUAUGGCGUUGGCGUGGACAUGGUAAAUGGCAGUUCUCAGCAAGCUGGGAGUCGGAGUGACACAUUUGCCGCUCAAUUGGAAAAGACAAGGAAGGAAAUUUUAGAAGCAACUACGGCUCAAGUCACAACCAUUGUCCAAGAUGCAUUAGGAUCGUUUGACAAAGAGUUGGCGUCCAGCUUAACGACGAAACAAGAAAAGUUUGACCACUGGCAUGCUAAAAUCCGCGAGUCUGCGAAAGCUCGACAGAUCGAGCAGAAGCAAUUAGAUGAGCUGAAACGGAGGUCUAUUGACAGGACAGAGACAAAUAGACGGUUGAAGAACCUGGAGAAGUCGUCGAUGGAACUGCUUGCAGUCCUCAAGGGAAUGCCUUCAGAUUUCGGCGACAGCUCGAAACAUGUAUCGCUUGGUGAUGCUGACCAGGAAUCUGGGGUUGAAAUUGCCGGAUUCGAGUUUCUUUUCCCAGAAACGUUCGAUCCAGCGUCCGGGUUCUCUGAAGCACAGAUUGCGUACCUUCGCAAGUUACCGUCUCCUGAGAUCCUCCAGCAAAGGGUUGGUUGCUAUCGGGAAUCAAACAAAGAGACUUUGGAUGAAGUUGAAGCUCUCCGAUCCAAGAACGUGGUGCUUGGCCAAAACUAUCGCCGGAUGGUCAUGGCUUGUACGGGCUGGUCGGCCGAACAAGUGGAUGAGGCUGCUGAAGGUUUAACGCAAUGCGUCAAAGAGCUGAAUGAUAAUCCAGUUCCGGAAGAUGAGGCCAUCGAGAUCUUAAUGAGAGACCGUGGCCAGGACUGGUGA